AUGGCCAGCAAGGGCUUGCAGGACCUGAAGAAGCAAGUGGAGGGGGCGGCCCAGGAAGCCGUGACUUCGGCUGGAACAGCGGCUCAGCAAGUGGUGGAUCAGGCCACAGAAGCAGGGCAGAAAGCCAUGGACCAGGUUGCCAAGACUACCCAGGAAACCAUCGACAAGACUGCUAACCAGGCCUCUGAGACUUUCUCGGGUUUUGGGAAAAAAUUUGGCCUCCUGAAAUGA